GGUCACAUGACCAGGCAGGGCUGCUGCAGCCGCUGCUGUUUGCCUGUCAGGGAAAACCCAAACUGUCAACAAAUACAGUUGCUGUUGGGCUCAUUUGUAGGAUAAGUGCAGAUUUUCUAUCGCGCCGAUUAGUCCGCGGGUGUUUAUUUGUUUUUGUGAAGCUGGACGUUUGUUAAUGUCGCGCUUUGAACACCGAGAGCAUAGAAACGAUUGCUGAAGAAGGCGAGAGUAGCUGCUAGCUUUCUCCUGCUAACGCCACAUACUCUGUGUGGCAUUACGUCGCCUCAAGUUAGCCUGUAUAUUAAACAAUAACGUGUCCUGGGAUUUUCUCAGGCAUUAUGGAGCUACUGUGGGGUAGGUUGCACACCCCAUGAGAUGUGGACCAAAGCAAGAUCGUGCCACCUUGCACCUCUUCUACAGCAGCACUGACAUCUGUUGUCAUGGCCUCCAGCUACCCGCCCCCCUUUGAGGGCACAGGUGAAGUGAAGGAAGGCUUUCUUUGCCCACUGUGCCUAAAAGACCUUCAGUCAUUCUACCAACUCCAAGACCACUAUGAAGAGGAGCACUCUGGGGAUGACCGCCAUGUUCGGGGACAACUCAAAAGUUUAGUUCAGAAAGCGAAGAAAGCCAAAGAUAAACUGCUGAAGAGGGAUGGUGAUGACAGACCGGAUACUGGGAGUUAUGAGUCGUUCUACUAUGGUGGAGUGGACCCAUACAUGUGGGAGCCCCAAGAACUGGGAGCAACUAGAAGUCAUCUGGACUUCUUUAAAAAACAUCGGGCAGCCAGGAUAGAUCAUUAUGUCAUUGAGGUCAACAAGCUCAUCAUCAGACUGGAAAAGUUGACAUCAUUUGACAGAGCCAACUCAGAUGCUGCUAAGAUCAGAGCCAUUGAGAAGUCUGUAGUGUCAUGGGUGAAUGACUCAGAUGUCCCGUUCUGUCCUGACUGCGGAAACAAGUUCAACAUCCGUAACAGACGGCACCACUGUCGCCUCUGUGGGUCCAUCAUGUGUAGGAAGUGCAUGGAAUUUGUUCCCUUACCUUUGGCCCAGAAGCUCAUCAAUGGGACUCGAGAAGCACUGUGUGUACCUGGAAGUCCCAGUCAGUCCCAGUCUCCCCCAGCAGUAGGUGGCAGCAGUGGGAUGGGCUCUAGGAGAGGCAGCAUCAGCAGCUUGAGCAGUGUAACCUCCAUGCUGGAGGAAAAGGAUGACGAGAAGAUUCGCUGCUGUCACCACUGUAUGGACACACUUCUGAAGAGACAACAGAAAUUAGAAGAGAAGGAUCACAUGCCAGAUAUAGUGAAACUUUAUGAGAGGCUGAGGAUGUGCAUGGAGAAGGUGGAUGAAAAGGCUCCAGAGUAUAUCCGAAUGGCUGAGUCUCUCAAUGCUGGAGAAACCACUUAUAAUCUUGACACUGCUGGUGGGCUAAGACUGGAAGUCCAGAAAUAUUAUGAACUCAUCGACGCUCUGAGUAAGAAGAUUUUAACACUGGGAAUUAAAGAUGAUCCACAACCGCAUCCAAAGGCGCUCCAGCUACAGAGAAUGAUCCGCUAUACCGCCACACUGUUUGUCCAGGAGAAACUGUUAGGUCUGAUGUCUUUACCCACUAAGGACAAAUAUGAAGAAUUGAAAGAAAAGAGGAAACAGGAACAAGAGAAGAGACUCCAACAAGAAAGACUGGCAGCACAGGAGGCUCUGAAGAGGAGGCAAGAGAGACAGGAGAGAAACCGUCCACCUCUGAGUGCCAAUGGAGAGCUGCCCCAGGCCCCCAGAGAGCCACGAAUGACUAAAGCUGGUGGUUGGCUCCCCUCUGCAGACUCUGUUCACGCACGAGGCGAACUGGAAGACCCCCUCCUGCAGCAGAUUGAGAACAUCCAGUCAUUCCUUCGUCAAGCUCGGGAGGCUCAGCGAACAGAUGAGGUUGCCAUGUUGGAGGAGAACUUGCGUCAGCUGCAGGAUGAGUACGACCAACAGCAGACCAGUAUUGCUCUCCUACUCUCACAAAAGCUGGCUCAAGAGGAGAGUUUGCAGCAGGGGGAGCUCCAUCGCCUGGAGGCCUGGGAAAGGGAAGAGAGAGAGCAAUGGAGCUCUGAUGUAGGCUCCUCCCAGCCAUCCUACAAAUGGGAGCGGUCUCUAGAUAUCAGCCCAGCAGGAGGUCAAGACGGAGAGGAGGACACAGCGGCAGAGGAACUGACUCCUAAAGCAGAAAGGAGUCCUCCGUCUUUUAGAGCAUUUCCCGCUCUCACAAGCCAGGAAGAAUCUCCCCCAAGGUUGAGGAGCUUAGGAGGGCAUGUAACACCUCCUGGUGGUGAAGGCCAGAACAACACCUCCCUUAACCCUUUUGAAGAGGAUGACUCCACACCCACUGAAGAUGAUCCAUCCAAUCCAUUCUUUGAGGACAUCAAGCGGGAACACAAAGAGAUAACCAAUGGAAAGAAAGAAUACAACCCCUUUGAUGAUGAUGAAGAUGCAGACAAGGGCAAGCCAACUGAGACUGUUUCUCACAAUCCUUUUGAGGAUGAUGACACAGACGCAGGUAACCCGUUCCUGGAGGCCUCCGGGAAUUCUCCAGAAGUCUCGACUAACCCCUUUGACGGGGAUGACGAUGAGGUCUUGCCUGAUGUGGACAUGAUAGAGGAAGAAUUGCUGCUACAGCAGAUAGACAACAUUAGGGCCUACAUCUUUGAUGCAAAGCUCAGCGGACGUCUCGAUGAGGUGGACCUUCUGACACAAAACCUAAAAGAGUUACAGCAAACCCUCCAGGAGCAGAAGAAGCAGAAGCACUGAUACAUUUCCCUCAAAAUCCCCCUGAUCACCUGCUACUUACCAAGUCCUGCAAGGUUAGCUCACUUUACACGACUUAUGAGCCCACAGAGUUUAAUUUGGGUGAAGUCUGCUGCGCCACAGGUGAAAUUCAUCCCACAAUAAAAAUACAUACAAGAGUUCAGUAAUCUGGAGUAAUGUCCUGAAUUUUCAGAUAUCUUCCUAAGCUGUUUUGUUUGUAUUGGGUGGCUGAAGGGUCAGGUCUGUUGCACAUGUAUAAUUUUAGAGCACUGUGAGUAAAAAUGAAUUUGUAUAUUUCAUUGAUAUGAAUUUGCAUGUCUGCAGCUAUUAACCCAGCUGUAACAGUGCAAACAUGAACAAAUGAAGAUAGAGCGAUGUCACUUUUAAUGAGUGUUAAAUGAAACAGUCAGAUGGUUCUUAGAGUAGUCUGGCUGUCAUAAAAAAGCCUAAAUGGUGCCAUGGCUAUGGAUGAAUGAAAGCACUCACCCCAUUUAAGCACUGCACUCCUGGUGGACCUGUGAUCAACAUUUUUUUACCCCAAAGAUCAAAACAAGAUAUUACAGAAACAUGGAUAGUGUUUCUUAUUAAAACAUGGCACCUACAUGAAAAACAGUUCAACUUAAGAUUUGAGUUUGUAGCUCCAAACUGACCCUGAAUACAUUCAGAAACCACUCAGCUCCUUCUGGAGCCAGGAAUGGCUUUAAACAUGGUAAAAUUGUAGAUUUUCAUGUGUAAAAUCUGUUUUAUUGAUAUUUGAGGUAUUGUGUUGGUGCUUCAUUUUAAUUGUGGUAAUUGUACUUCCUGCUUUUCAUUAGUAAAGAACUUAAACCAUACAGUAUCUUCUAACUUCACCACAAAUAACUCGUGGUCCAAAUGAGCUUCUCAUUAUUAAAUGAGAACUGGAAUUUAACAUUUGCAACAAAAUUUGGUAAGCUCAGUGUUUGAAGGAAAGAGAUUAUUUGAUGAAGUUGUUAAAUAUUAACAUUUGAAUUAUCAUUUUAGUCACCAUGCAUGCACUGAUUGUCAUCUUAUACAAAUUCCUGAGAGAUUUGUGAGAGAAGUUAUAAGUGCAUUACACAGAAUUACACCAUUUAUGUUGCCUGUCACUAAAAAGAUCUUCCAAGCUGUUUAUUCCACCUGCUCAGUGUCAUACAACAACAAC